GGCUCCUCAGCGCGCAGCUCAGCGAGGGGGGGCUCUCAUCCCAUCGCAUCUAAAUCCCAAAUAUCGCCUCUUUUGAUUUACACUUUCAAGAAGACCAACGGCGUAUGUUUCUAUCAUCAGUAAACAAACAAUCUCUGUCUUUUUGGUACAUGGUGUUCGGCGCAGCCAUCCUAACACGAUGUCCUCAUCAUUCGUAUUUUCCUCUGCGGAACCUCAGCCUAAGCAGGCAACGGCUGCACUAUUUUAGGAUCCAAAUUGCCAUCAACAGUAAAAUACCCGACAGAAAUCAUUUGGUAUAGAGGAGCUCGCGGCAGCAAGCAGUAGGUGAUUGUAAUUUCCAUCGAUUCGUAUAUUUUUCAUUAUUUCUCUGGGCGAGAAAUCGGGAAUCUCCUUUGCCCACCAAGCCGCGUCGAUGUCCUUGGAGCAUGGCCUGACAAACUCUCAACUGUGCUGCAUCUUCUGAAAUCUGACUCCUCCACCCACAUCGGCUGUGUCUUCUCAACACUCACCUCUAUUCCUUCUCUUUCUCCAUCCCUAAUGGAUUGGGAGAGCUGUGAUCCCUCGUUCUGUUGACCCUCUGGUCCAGGGGGUAGAGUGGAGCGGGCAAGUUUUUAGUUUUUCUUUACAUUUAAAUAGCAUUUUCCCCUCCCUGUCCUAGUUUCCUCUUUCAAUGGAGAAUUAGACGGUCAGGUGCUACUUUGGGAGGGAGAGGAGAGGGGUCAAAAUAUUGAGCCAGACCAAAACAGAACGCAUUUAGAAUAAAAAAAACAAAGUUGCUGAGACAGUGUCUCAGAGAGUUUUAUAGAUCUGGACAGGAAGACAGACGUGGCUUCAUAAGCUGAAGAGUUGGCAAUGUCAACGACAGCUACCAUAGGCGACAUGGCGAACAGUGCGGUGGAGUUCUAUCCAAAGCGGAGUGGAGGAAUGGAGGCCAACCACUCCGACAACUUUGGGAUAACCAUGGAGGAGCUGCGGUCUCUGAUGGAGUUGAGAGGAGCAGAAGCGCUGCAGAAGAUUCAGGAAACCUAUGGAGACACUGAAGGCAUCUGCCACAGACUCAAGUCAUCCACCACAGAUGGUUUAUCUGAUAACCCGGUGGACUUGGAGAAAAGAGCGCAGACAUUUGGACAAAACUUCAUUCCCCCAAAGAAACCCAAGACCUUUUUGCAGCUUGUGUGGGAGGCACUGCAGGACGUCACCCUCAUCAUCUUGGAGAUAGCAGCCAUCAUCUCUCUUGGCCUGUCCUUCUACCAGCCCCCGGGGGAGGAGAGUGAGGCCUGCGGGAACGUGUCCAGUGGUGCAGAGGAUGAGGGCGAAGCUGAAGCGGGCUGGAUUGAGGGUGCCGCCAUUUUACUCUCAGUCAUCUGCGUGGUGCUCGUGACGGCCUUCAAUGACUGGAGCAAGGAGAAGCAGUUCCGUGGGCUGCAGAGCCGCAUUGAGCAGGAGCAGCGCUUCGCUGUGGUGCGCAACGGCAAUGUCAUCCAGAUCCCUGUGGCUGACAUGGUGGUGGGCGACAUGGCCCAGGUCAAAUAUGGUGAUCUGCUGCCUACUGAUGGGAUUCUGAUCCAGGGCAAUGACCUGAAGAUUGACGAGAGCUCCCUAACUGGAGAGUCCGAUCAUGUACGCAAGUCAGUGGACAAGGACCCUAUGCUUCUCUCCGGCACUCACGUGAUGGAGGGAUCAGGAAGGAUGUUAGUGACAGCGGUUGGAGUAAACUCUCAGUCUGGAAUCAUUUUUACUCUGCUAGGGGCUGGAGAGGGAGAGGAGGAGAAAAAAGAAAAGAAAGGCAAGCAGCCAGAGGCCACAGUGGAGACCAAUCAAAAUAAAGCCAAGAAGCAGGAUGGAGCAGUCGCUAUGGAAAUGCAGCCGCUGAAGAGCGCGGAAGGUGGAGAGGUGGAGGAGAGGGAGAAGAAAAAAGCCAAUGUGCCGAAGAAGGAAAAAUCAGUCCUGCAGGGCAAACUUACCAAAUUGGCUGUGCAGAUCGGUAAAGCAGGUCUUGUAAUGUCAGCUAUCACAGUGAUUAUUUUGGUGCUCUACUUCGUGAUUGAGACAUUCGUGGUAGAGGGUCGAAGCUGGCUUCCAGAGUGCACACCGAUCUAUGUGCAGUACUUUGUCAAGUUUUUUAUCAUUGGAGUUACUGUGUUGGUGGUGGCUGUGCCUGAGGGUCUCCCCCUUGCUGUCACCAUCUCUUUAGCUUACUCAGUGAAGAAAAUGAUGAAAGACAACAACCUGGUGCGCCAUUUGGAUGCCUGUGAGACGAUGGGCAAUGCCACUGCCAUCUGCUCGGACAAGACUGGCACUCUGACUACCAACCGCAUGACUGUGGUGCAAGCCUAUGUGAAUGACCAGCACUUCCGCGAGAUCCCUGAACCCAAUCAGAUCAGCUCUAACACCUUGGAGAUGAUUGUCAAUGCCAUUUCUAUCAACAGCGCCUACACCUCCAAGAUUGUGCCCCCUGAUGUGGAAGGUGGCCUGCCUAAGCAAGUUGGAAAUAAGACUGAAUGUGGCUUGCUGGGCUUUGUGCUGGACCUAAAGAGAGACUAUGCACCCGUUCGUGAACAGAUUCCAGAGGAGAAACUCUACAAGGUCUACACCUUCAAUUCCGUCCGUAAGUCCAUGAGCACCGUGGUGCAACUUCCAGAUGGUAACUUCCGUCUUUACAGCAAAGGAGCUUCUGAAAUCCUCCUGAAAAAGUGUUCAUCAAUUUUAGGAGCAGGAGGUGAAACACGAAGCUUCAGGCCAAGGGACAGGGAUGAAAUGGUGAAGAAAGUGAUUGAGCCAAUGGCGUGCGAGGGGCUGCGCACCAUCUGCAUUGCCUACCGUGAUCUCCCUGGCGAGCCUGAACCUGACUGGGAGAAUGAGGCUGAAAUUGUUACUGAUCACACAUGCAUUGCUGUCGUUGGGAUUGAGGAUCCUGUUAGACCUGAGGUCCCUGAAGCCAUCCGGAAAUGCCAGAGAGCAGGUAUCACUGUGCGCAUGGUCACUGGUGACAAUAUCAACACGGCACGUGCCAUCGCUGCAAAGUGUGGCAUCAUCCAGCCCGGUGAUGAUUUCUUAUGUCUGGAGGGAAAGGAUUUCAAUCGACGAAUCAGAAAUGAGAAAGGAGAGAUUGAACAGGAGAGGAUUGAUAAGAUCUGGCCCAAACUGAGAGUCCUGGCACGCUCCUCUCCCACUGACAAACACACUCUGGUUAAAGGUAUCAUUGACAGCACUGUAUUGGAGCAGAGGCAGGUGGUGGCUGUGACUGGUGAUGGGACCAAUGAUGGACCGGCUCUCAAGAAAGCUGAUGUCGGCUUCGCCAUGGGCAUAGCUGGAACUGAUGUAGCUAAAGAGGCUUCAGAUAUCAUCCUGACUGAUGAUAAUUUCAGUAGCAUCGUGAAGGCAGUCAUGUGGGGGCGGAAUGUCUAUGACAGCAUCUCAAAAUUCCUGCAGUUUCAGCUUACUGUCAAUGUCGUGGCCGUCAUAGUGGCCUUCACUGGAGCCUGUAUAACACAGGACUCUCCUCUGAAAGCGGUGCAGAUGUUAUGGGUGAACCUUAUUAUGGACACAUUUGCAUCGCUUGCCCUGGCCACUGAACCACCCACUGAAGCCUUGCUAUUGAGAAAACCCUACGGCCGUAACAACCCACUCAUCUCCCUCACCAUGAUGAAGAACAUUCUCGGCCAUGGUGUCUAUCAGCUUGUUAUCAUCUUCACUCUGCUGUUUGUUGGAGAAAAGAUCUUCAACAUCGACAGUGGGCGCAAUGCUCCACUUCACUCGCCUCCCUCCGAACACUACACAAUCAUCUUCAACACCUUCGUCCUCAUGCAGCUAUUUAAUGAGAUCAAUGCUCGCAAGAUCCAUGGAGAGAGGAAUGUGUUUGAUGGCAUCUUUGGCAACCCCAUCUUCUGCAGCAUUGUGCUGGGCACCUUCGGUAUCCAGAUCGUUAUAGUGCAGUUUGGGGGGAAGCCCUUUAGCUGUGCCCCUCUCAACGUGGAGCAGUGGCUGUGGUGCCUCUUUGUUGGAGUUGGAGAGCUCCUUUGGGGUCAGGUCAUUGCCACAGUGCCCACCAGUCACCUGAAAUGUCUAAAAGAGGCAGGUACAGGGCCAGGCACAGAUGAGAUGACCGAGGAUGAGCUGGCUGAGGAUGAGGAGGAGAUCGACCAUGCAGAAAGAGAGCUGCGCAGGGGGCAGAUCCUCUGGUUCAGAGGCCUCAACCGCAUCCAGACUCAGAUGGAGGUAGUGAGUACAUUCAAGAGGAGUGGUUCAUUUCAGGGUGCAGUGAGACGGCGUUCCUCUGUGCUCAGCCAGCUCCAUGACAUGCGGGUGGUGAAAGCGUUCCGUAGCUCCCUCUACGACGGCAUCGAGAAGCCUGACUCCAGGAACUCCAUCCACAACUUCAUGGCACAUCCUGAGUUUCUCAUCAACGACUUCAUGCACAACAUCCCUCUGAUCGACGACACAGACAUUGACGAUGAGUCGGAGCUCUCCAAGCACAACCACCACCUGCACCCGGCCUUCCGCAAGCCACCUCCUCCUCCGGUCCAGCGUUCUCGUCCCCCACCACGUCCUUAUCGCCAGUACAGCCUCCCAGCUACCCCCAACCGCAACAACAAUGCUAAUCAGAGCAGCAUGCAUCAUCUGACCCAACCCACAGAACACAUCGCACACUGGACCACUCAUUCCCGACAGAUGUGCCCCCUUCUCAGCCUGGAGACUUCACUCUGACUGCUUGCACUCCAGAGGAAGGGCACUUGAUAGACUUUGGAUACAGAGCAAAGACAAGAUAUUCAUUGCUUCAUUUGCAUAUCUGUGAUAUGAUGGGGGAAGGGGGCUUCUGGGGACACAGUAUUGAUCUGCUCAACCUUCGAGAAAACUAAAAAAACACACAAGAUCUACCCAUUCUCCCUUACCACCUCAAACCAUCCAUGAGUCUGUCUGGUUUUACAGCUUCACACAUGCACUGCCUCCUCUCACUGUACUAAGAGGAGGUCAGUGUAUUGUGCACCUAUGGUAACUGACACCAGGGCUAGGAAGGUGAGCAACAUAGGAAUGGUUUAUUUUCGCAUUAAAAAAAAAUCCAGAUAAGUUAAGAUGUAAGGGUAGAUAUGAGGCUGAGAGGAGAGGCGGGGUGUCAUUGACAGAUUGGGCUUUUAAUGGUAAAAUCAUAUCUGUGACUUGACUUUUCAGAGUGCAGUGGCAUUACAUGCAGGCAGAGUAAGAAGUCAAAUCGCACCACUUUUUAUUGAUGUUAUUAACAUCAUUAUUAUUAUUAUUAUAAUUAUCAUAACUAGUUCUACAGUCUAUUAUCAUUAUUAGUGUUCAGGUUGUCAUCACUAUAUUUGAAAAUACAACUUUUAUUACAAUAUAACUAAUGCUUUAUGGAGUAGCUUUAACACAUUUAUUUAUUUAUUUAUUUAUUUAUUGUCUGCUCGACAUUUUUUUCAGUCUCGCUUCGUCUAUUUCUGUGUGCGUGUAUAUGUGUUGUGUCUGUCCUAAAAAAAAAAAAAAACCUAGAAAAACAAAACAAAAAUAAGUACUAACAAAUCAAAGAUACAAUACAUUUAAAGUUAUGAAUAAUUACAUUUUAAUGAGUCUACAAAUAGCAAACCUAAACUAAACAUUACUGCCAUUCAUUAUUCCAUUAAAUGAAAUUAUAUUUGUAGAAAAUAUGAGCAAAAUUUUCUGGCUGCCUGUUGUUAAGCUCAAUUGAUAAACUUUCAUUGGAAGUAAGAUUUGUUUAAAUGCAACGAUGUUGUUUUGGCAUUAAAAAAAUGUGUAUUGCUUGAAAUUUGCUACAGGGUAGAAGAUUUGGGCAAGUACCCAUAGAUUAUCUAUUGAUUGCAGGCUUUGACAACCUUUAGUCAUAUCAGUGUAGGCCGGAGUCACUUCUGUGAUCACAUUGGCCAAUUAACAGCUUACACUGGAUGCGGACUUGCCCAGUAUUAGCAUUCCAUUGCAUUUUAGGUUUGUAAUUGUUAAUUUUGUUACAUUUUACUUGUUUUGCAAAUUUCACCAAGAAAAUGCAUUUACCCUUUAAAGCAUUGUGAAGUACUAUGAUUCGUUCAUAACCGACGCUUUCUGGCCCUUUAAAUUCAUUCAUAGUCACUUUUGCUUUUUGGUUCAUGUUUUGCUUUAUUUAACAUAUUGUUAGGUAGUGCAAAAUGUCUGUAAUCAAGUCAAACAUCUGACUGCAGACUGUGGUUUCAGGGUCUGAACCAGAGCGAGAAACACUCAUCUUAUACUGCCACGAUUUUCAUUAUGUGCUUAAUAUCAUAGAAAUGAAUGAUGGACAAUCUGUGAGACAUCACCUUUGCACAUGAUCAGAGCUCAUUGGUUCGGUUUAAAGGUCAACUAUUUCUGCGGUCACCAGUGGACUCUGACAAAAUGCAAAUGCACUUUUCUUUGCUAUAAAUGUUUUGGUAUCAGACAGUAAUACCAAAAAAAAAUCAAAUGCCAUAACAUACUACAACAAGCAUGACGCCAUGAUACAUAGCAGUAGAUUUGAGUACAUUCCAUUAACAUUUCAUUGAUCUGCAUGCCAGUGGUGUACAAAAUCCUCUUGUACCACAUAAAAUUCCGGGUUGGCACAGCCAAGAUCAUAUUGCUCUUAGUCAAUGCAUUGCAAUGCAAUACAAUCAUCUGGGAAAUAGGACCGGCACUUAUGCAACAGACUGCCCUGUCCACAGCUCUGUGAAAUAAGCUUGAUAAAAAUGUACAUAGGGCUCUCAGAAAUCCUUUAUCUGUAUAGAAUACUUUUCUAGAGUGCCCAGUUGUGAGCGACUGGCAAAUGUUUAAAGUAUACAAUGCAAGCAUGAACACUGAUGGAUCAUGUUGUUGCAUUGCUCAAUGGUGUCUGUGCAGAGCAUGUGUUAAUUAUCAUAGCGCACCUUGCUAUCAUUGUUAACCUUCACAUUUGUCUGUUGCUGGUCCAUUUUCACUGGUCAGUUUUUUACUGUCUCUUCAGCAGUAGGUGGAGUCUUCAUUUCUUCUUAUGGUCAUUGAUGUGCUGUCGACUGCAAAUGUUCUUCUUCAGUUCCUCUGCCCUUUUCUCCUAUAACUACAGAACAGAGCCUUAGAAUGGAGUGAUGGCUCUUUCUGCUUCUUACAUAUCAUUGAAUACAUUAAUUAAAAUGGGUGGCUUGUCAACUUGUUAUCAGAACUAUUGAGCUGAAGGGUGUGCAAAUUUCAGCAUACAAAGGAAAGACUAUUAGGACACAGAGUGUGAUAUCUUCAUCCAAUUUAUUUACUUUGGGGCUAAAUAUAUGAUCUCUUUCCAUAUGUGUCCAAAUGAUUGGAUAGGUCCAUGUUACUGUGUAACAGUGCCAGUAGAGUCUUAUGAAUUGAGAGCGCUGGUAGGUUUUGAGGAUGCAUGGGCCCAUUUCAAUGCACUGACACUGUCAGCUCACUAAACCGACUGACAGUGAAGACAGAAACGAUCACUAAACUUGAUCAUCCCAUGAUUAUGGUAUAUCCUUUGCCUAAUUUUACCUGAUCAUAAAUAAAGCUUAACUGCAUUAAAAUAAUCUUAAAAAUCUAUAUCUUUAAAGGAUGUCAAUUCUAAAUAUCUACAUUGUAGUCCCAAUUAUAUUCAGCUCCACUGAGGGAUGAAUUAUGUUAGGUCAUACAUAGGAUAUCCCAGCUCUACAAGUCAACUACAGUGUCUACAGAUGACAAAUUAAAAAGUGUUAAAGGAAUAUUUAAUGAAAAACUCCAUUGUCUGCCUUUUUCCAUUUUGUUGUAGGACGUUCAUUCAAGGUAAGGUGAAAAAAAUGUGAAAAGAGUAUAUAAUAUAUUAAAUAUAAAAAUUAUAAUAUAUUGUACAACUGCACCAAUGCUGUACAUUUUUUUGCCAAAAUGUGCACGUGCGUCAUUUGUUUACAAUUUAAGCAUAUAUAUAUAUUUUUUUUUUCCUUUUAUUCUUUGUCUCUUCCCCUAUUUAUUUUCCUAUUUUGCUUUUUUGUAAAAUAUUGAAAUUAAACAUCUUGUACAUUACUAUUAUUAUUAUUAUGAUUAUAUAACUAUUAUUGUUUUUUCCAGCAGUGCUCUUUUAACUGAUGGGGAAAAAACAGACAGUCGCACAUUCUCCUGAGCAUACAAUUACUGCGCUACAAUGAACAAAAAAGACAAAAAAAAGAAGAGAAAAAAAAUCCAGACUAUUAAAUAUAUUAAUAAUUACCUGCCUGUUACCUAAGCGAAAAAGUAUCUAUAUAUGAUGAAAGAACACACCUGUAUACUGUAGACUAAACUGUAUGGAAAUCUAAGAAUUUACUGGGAAAAUAAGUUAACACUUUUUGUCUGUAUAAAAAAAAAAAAAAAGUAUUGUACAAUAAUAACUUUGACCAGUGUCUGCUGUUGUGUUUCAUUGUGUGGCUGUGCUUUCUUUAAUUUCUUUAAUAUUGGGGAACACGCAUGCAUGAAAAUAAUAAUCACACAUUUGUGCCAAACUCGAAAGCAAUAACAUUCUUGGA